AUGAAAAAAAAAAAAGAUGUGGGAAUGUCACCUUCUGAAAGAGUAAAUCUUCCGGAAAGAGUCGCUCAUUUUUAUUAUUCACACGGAUUGUUUUGCUCAUCACAUCCCAUACUCGUUCUUUUUUUCGCAAUAUCAGUUAUUCUGUUAUGUUCGUAUCCUCUAAUCAAUUUACCCUUACCUGGUGACAUACCCAUUCAAACCAUCACAAAUUCCUAUGAUUUUGCCAUACCUGAAAAUCUAACCGUGUUUUCAGGGAAACCUGCAGUUUACAUUCAACAAAUUGUUUUAAAAACAGGUGUUUCACCUUGGCCAAGUGAAAUGACAGUAUGUGAUGCAUUCAGAGCUCCCUUACAUCAAGUAUUUUCAUUAUUAGAAACGAUUAGAAAUUAUCAAACGGAAAAUAACUCUAAAUCUGUGUCCGAUUUCUGUUUACAUGUGGAAUCUGUUAAAUUAAAAUCUUCUGAAGAAAGAAAAAAGUUAUUACCAGAGUAUAACUGUUUAAUUCUUUCACCGGCUAAUUUCUGGCAGCAAAAUGAGUACAAUUUUCAAAUGGAUACAAAUUUAAUGGGAACAAUAUUUAAUUAUCAUAAUUUUCAAAAGGGUAAAAUUAGCUUGACUGAAAUUCUAUUCGGAGUUAACAUGAAAGAAAGCGGUCUUAAAAGGUAUCCAUUGAGAUCUCGUCCAAGGAUAAUUCAAUUUGCCAUUACAUUGAUAUUAAGCGAUUUCGAUGAAAGAUAUAUAAACGGAUUGAGAAAAAAAUUAGAGCAUCAGUAUCCUCUCUACUCGAGUACGAGUGAAAUUAAAAAUGGAUCCCAGUAUAAUAAACAAUCAAAUGAAACCGUUCACGUUUUUUAUCCGGGUGAAUUUAAUUUUUCCGAACUUUUACCUUUGGCAACCGUUUUCGUAUUGUUAUUUAUUUACAUAUAUUUUUCACUGAGAAAAAUAGAACCGGUCAAAUCAAAAUUAGGAAUCGCAUUUUGUUCAGUUAUAUCAAUACUAUCUUGUCUUUGUAUGUCGAUGGGUUUAUGUUUUUUUUUCGGUUUAACAGUGCCUCUCAACGGAAAAGAAAUAUUUCCGUAUUUAGUUGUUUUUGUCGGUUUGGAAAAUGUUCUCGUCAUAACCAAGUCGAUAACCAACACUCCUGCACACUUGGAUGUGAAAAUUCGAGUCGCACAGGGAUUGAGCCGGGAAGGAUGGUCCAUAACGAAAAUUUUACUCAUUCAAGUCACCAUAUUGACGAUAGGAUUUGGAACGUUCGUAUCCGCUAUUCAAGAACUAUGCAUAUUAGGGAUAGUCGGUUUGGUUUGCGAUUUUUUCAUACAAUUACUUUUUUUCACAACGAUAUUAUCGAUCGAUAUACACAGAAUGGAAUCGAAUUUCGAUAAUAAAAAUAAUUAUUACAAUUAUCAUUCACUUCCGGUGCAAAAAGUUCUCACGAGCAAUAAAUUCGGGACGACACCUUACGAUAAACCGUACCUGAGAUAUUUUAACAACGAAAAUAAAAAUUUAAUUCGUUCGAAAUCUCAUCAUAAUUUAAGUUCCGGCGUCAUUUCGACGUCGUCUGCUUCGUCGUAUCCGACAAACGUUUUGGCUCAAUCGGCACCAAUUUUAAAUAAAAUUCCAAAGAGAUUAAGAUUGUUAAAUAUUUGGGCGAGCACUAGAUUUUUCCAAAGAGCUUUCAUGAUCGCUUUAGUUAUGUGGAUGUGUUUCAUAUUGUACACGGCCAAAUUUGUUCAACAAGUUUUACAAAUUGAUGAAAUUGCUAAAUUUCAUCAAAAACUUCAAGUUCCUAGUAAUAUUCAAAAACCUGUAGAUGGAGAAGGAGGAAAUGGCGGAGGGAGUAACGUUCUGAAUGAUUUGAAAACAUUUUCGACUCUCAUGACUGACGAAACUUCUUCUUCUUCUUCUGCCGUUAAUAAUAAAAUGAAAGGAGAACAAUACGAUUCCGAUGAAUCGGAUCUCAAUAGAUUCAGGCAUCGAGAUCAGGAUUCUCAUAGAAGAUUAUCAUUAUUUCAUUGGCCCGUAAUGAUGUCGCUGUAUAAUAUUUCUCUCACCGGAAAAUACAUAACAAUAUUGCCAUCCAUUAGAAUAAGUCACACGGUGAGUCCUGAGGAUGCCAUAGCGAUGAGAAAUCCAAAUGAUAAAAUAGCUAAUUUUCAAUGGAAAUCAUUGGCAGCCGCUUUGGAUCCAUUGGAUUUUUCUUCGUCGGAUGUUACGAAAUCGUCUUCGCUUUUAACCGAAUCAAACGAUAGUCCUUUCAUUCCUAGGAGUCCCAUGGAAAUAGCUCUUUCUUGCAUAUUGGUCGUCGUGAGCGUUUUCGUUUUAGCUUACAUGACGAUGGUCUUGUACAGGUGUAUAUGUUCGAGAAAUUAUGCCGAAUGGAGAAGCAGUUGGGCUUCGAAUUCUACCCAACACGAAAGCGACACUCAGGUCGUUCUCGAAGCCGUGCCUACAAUAUUGGAAGGACACUAUCAGGAAAUCGAGUGUUUGAUAAACGACGGAGUUUUUAUUAUAUCCUCGUGUUUAUCUGGUGAAAUUCGAGUUUGGAAUUCGACAGAUUGCGAAUUGAUAACUCAAAUAGAUCGUCAAAAGUAUUUCUCGUCGAAAAAUCCAUCGGAGAUUUUAACGACGGAAUCGGAUCAUCAUUCGGACUACGAAUCCGGUUCUCCGCCCUCCGUGGGCGAAAUGGACAUAUCGAUGAGUCAAUUGAAACACUUCAACAGAGGGAUUACGAACGAUUAUAACGUCGGGGGUAAUUGUACGACGGGGUACAACGAAAAAGGGGUUUACAACAGGAAGAAAACAAAGAGUGAAAUAUCCCUAAAGCCAAAUUUAAAUUUUUCCAAACUCAAAUUAAACGAAGUCGUCGGGAAUAAUGACAAAAACAACGGUUUCGAUUUCGAAACUCCCUUUAAAUUACUGAUGAAAGAAGAAGGAAAGGAUUGCAUCGAAGAAUUGUUGAACGAUGGAACGAGUGAAAAAUCGGACAAUACGAAUUCGGUGACGGGAAAUGGUGACAAUUGUUGGAACGCGUUAUCGAAUUCUAAUCUUAUCGUGGAUCUGUGCGCGAACGAAGACAAAGGUACCGGAAGGAGCAACGCGACACCCAUUUGGUGCAUCGAUUGUUGCGAUAACGUCAUCGCCGUGGGAUGCAGCGAUGGAGAAAUUGAAUUUUGGGAAUGUUCGACCGGGAAUUUAUUGUGUUCUUUCGACGAUGGCACUCGCUUCGGAGUCACGUCGAUAAAACUAUGCGAGAGUAAAGUAAUAGCCGUCAGACUCAACGGAUCAUUGGAUUUGCUUCAAUUGGAUGGACAGUACGGAAGACAACACAAUCCGGCCGAUUGGGGUUUUUCAUCCAACAGGAGAACUCACAUUAGAACUGGUAGUGCGGGUUCGGCGUUGGAAUUGGAAAAAAAUUGUUAUGAAAAUUUUAAAUGUCGUAAAUUGAGUAGCGUGAAAGCACAUCAGCAACCCAUAACCGUUCUAGAUUGCGAAAGCGGAAGAAUAGUGACGGGAUCGCAAGAUCAUACAUUGAAAGUUUUCCGUUUGAAGGAUAUUUCAUUGCAAUACACCCUUCACGGUCAUUGCGGUCCAAUCACGUGUAUGUUCAUCGAUAAAGUUGCUCCAUUCCUUUCCGGUUCCGGAAGUCACGACGGCCUUCUUUGUUUUUGGGAUUUGCUUACUGGUGCGUGUUUGUACAGCAUACAAGCUCACGAUGGAAGCAUUUGCGCUUUGACUUAUUCUGCGAGUUACGUCAUCAGUUUAGGAACGGAUGAUAAAAUAUGCGUUUGGGAAAGAUUUCUAGGUCAUCUUCUUAACACUAUUAACGUGAUGCAUACAUUUUGCACGAGAAUGGUCAUGUUGACGCACAACCUUUUGAUAACGAGCAAACAAGGAUCUCUCGUAAUGUGGGACGUUCGAACGGGUGAACCCGUUAGAAUCGUAAGACUGGGAAAUUCGGAUCAGUCGAUAUUUGUCAAACAAAUAUUGAAUUUGGGCGACAGCAUCGCGUGCGAUUACGGGAAUCAAUUGAGGAUCGUCAAGUUUCCAAUCAUAACCAACAAGACUGAUUAA